UAUACGGUUACUUCUAUUUAACCAUGAGUUCAAGUAAACUCAUUAAUUUUUAUUUAAUUAUGUGCACUAUAAAUAUUGGAUGCCGUGAUUGCUUAAGUUUUUUAUCUAAAAACCAAUAUAAUAGUUCUCUUCAAAUAUCUACCACCCAUGGAAUAAUACAAGGCAGUGCAAAAAUUACAGUUAAAGGUGUUCCAUACUUCUCCUAUGUAGGUAUUCCUUUUGCACAACCCCCAUUAGGCGAUUUAAGAUUUCGUUCUCCACAACCAAUAAAGCCUUGGACUGGUGUACUGGAUGCAACAGUAAAAGCUUCAGAAUGUGUACAAGUACACAUUCCAUUUCCUGAUUAUCCUGAAACGGAUGGUAACGAAGACUGCCUCUACCUUAAUAUUUUUACACCACAAACGAAGACGAAUAAGCUGCUGCCAGUCAUUUUUUGGAUAUAUGGUGGAGCAUUUUAUGAGGGAUCAGCCACAUAUUAUGGUCCAUCCAACCUUUUAGAUAAUGGAUUAGUAGUAGUGACUUUUAAUUACAGACUUGGAAUGUUUGGCUUUUUAAGCACCGAAGAUACAGUGUUGCCUGGAAACUAUGGACUAAAAGAUCAAAAUGCUGCUUUACGUUGGACAUAUCAAAAUAUAUUCAAAUUUGGAGGUGAUCCAAAUAGAAUUACGAUUGCAGGACAAAGUGCUGGAGCUUGCAGCGUGUGGUAUCACAUGCUCUCACCAAAAAGUAAAGGGCUUUUUAGUAGAGCUAUAUCAAUGAGCGGUGAUCCUAGGUCUGUAUGGGGAUAUCAACAAAAUCCCAAAUCGGUUGCUAUGAGUGUAGCUGCAAAUCUCGGUAUAGACGUGACCAAUUCUAGGCAGUUUGCCGAGUAUUUAAGAAAAGCCGAUAGUACUGAUUUAAAACGAGCAAACAAGUUAGUUACUUCAGUGCACAUACUGAUGGCACUACGGGAAGGACUUCCAUUUACACCCACUAUUGAAGUCGAUCACGAGGAAGCUUUUAUAACAAGCUCGCCUACAGAACUAAUUAGACAACAAAAAUACACAAAGGUUCCGGUCUUGAUGGGAAUGACCACAAUGGAGGCUGGAAUAUUUGGGAAAAUUUUAAAUGUUAUAGAACGGUUAACAGUGGUUUUUGAUAUAAGUCCAGGUUCAAUAUUCAGUGGAUUUAAGGGAUUAUCAACAACAGAUAAUGGUAAAGUUGGAAAAAGAAUUAGAGAUAAGUAUGUACAGUCAAAGUUUUUUAGGACUAUAACGUUCGACGAAAUUUGUAACUUUCUGUCAGAUGCUCUAUAUGGAAAACCAAUUAUGGAUGUGGCACGUGCUUUAUCACCCCACACUUCAGUGUAUCUAUAUGUUACUACUAAACCCAGUUUUAUUACUAAAGCAGUUUUACAAGCAUUAGGAUUUCCUAUAAUCCUACACACUAAAGGGGUCAUCCACGCAGAAGAUGUGCUCAUUAUUUGGAACUAUCGUAAUUUUGGCUCACCAUCAGAUAGAUAUAUGAUGAGAAAAAUAUUUACCAAAAUGUGGUCCAAUUUUGCAGCAACAGGAAAUCCAACACCGGGUAAUGAUCCAGUUCUAAACAUAACUUGGCCUCCGAUAACUGAUAACAACAAUAUACCUUACUUAUCGUUAGGAGACGAAAUAAAGAUUAAUUAUAACUACAAAAAGGAAUAUAUUGAAUUUUGGGAUAAUUUAGAGAAGGAAGUAAAAUAUAAAGACAUGUUACUAUAAUAAAUAUAAAAAAUAUACUAUAGGCUUCAUUUUGGAACAAUCGGUUCAUUCAGCUCGGAAAUAUUUUGACAGAAUCAUAUUCACAAAACAACACAAAAAUUGAUAUAUUUAUUUUUAGCUCAGAUAAACAUACUGUUGCAAACCUUUUUAAUUAAAAAAAAAAGAGUGUGUGUGUACUUUGUACGCACCUAAAAAUUUAUACUUCUAUUAUAUAAUUUCAACAAAAUAAAUAUAUUUUAUACAGUU